AUGAGGUGCAAUAUCCAUUUUCUGCUUGCCACCCUUGCAGGCCUAUCAGCAGCUCAGUGGGACAAUAACUCGUCGGCUCCAAUCGAGCUUGCUCCCGCACCAUGGACACUUAAGGGCACCGUGUACUCCGUCACCCUGGUUCCUUUAUCAGAUGAUCUUCCGACUAAGGCGUUUCCGCCAUUGGAGAGAAAACAUGCUUCAGCUACAGAUGGCGAAUACCUGGGAAUCUUGGGAAUGAUCCAGAUUAUUCGGUACACUGAAAGCCCGGUCGGUCCGUACGACGAGCUUCUGAUUGUGCCGGGAUUCUUCAAAUACAAUUACACUGACGCUGCUGGUGUAUUCGAGGAGAAAAAGAAUGUUAGGGUCAGCAGGAUAUAUGUCAGCCAGAAGUAUACGUGCUGGAAUGGAAGGACGAAUUGGAACAUACCUAAACAUUUGGCGCGAUUUGACUGGACAGAGAACGGGAAGGGCGAAACAACUGUCAAAGUCUACCCCCACGACACGACAGGCGAUGAAAAUGAAUCGACACCUGCAAAGAAACCUUGGUUUCAGGCCAAGUUCAAGCCCGACUUGGUAAGCGGCUUGCCGUUUAGCACCGACUUGUACAAGAUCCUGGGAGUGAAUGCGACUUUGGCCCAGCCUCCUCUGCCGUACGCAAACAGUACCUACGGCGAGCUAGCGGGGACAGAUCGCUGGGCUACAACUGUACCUGGUCAGUUUACAGACAACGCAUCUCUGGGGGUAUUUGAUCUUGAUCAGGGCGACGGAGACGUUGAGAAUGGCCAAUCCACAAAUGCUGUAGGCGAUGAGUAUUUCCCCAACUUCUGGCCAGGACUUUUACGAUUCAACGCGGGAAUCAAACUGGAAAACGCUACUAUCACGUUUAGCGAUCCGGUGACUUGGCCUGGUGUGAAGGCUUGA